CAAAGGACACUACAGAUACCACUGGCAGAGCCACAAUGUUAAGCACAGUGGAGUGGAUGAUAUGGUCCUUCUUCCCAAGAUCACAGAGGAUUCCAUAGUGGAGAACCUAAAGAAACGAUACAUGGAUGAUUAUAUUUUUACAUAUAUUGGCUCUGUGUUAAUCUCUGUGAAUCCUUUCAAGCAAAUGCCAUAUUUUGGGGAAAAGGAAAUUGAAAUGUACCAAGGAGCAGCACAAUAUGAAAACCCACCACAUAUUUAUGCUCUUGCAGACAGCAUGUACAGAAACAUGAUUAUUGACAGAGAAAAUCAGUGUGUCAUUAUUAGUGGGGAAAGUGGUGCUGGAAAGACUGUAGCUGCUAAAUAUAUCAUGAGUUAUAUCUCAAAAAUCUCAGGAGGCGGCCCUAAAGUACAGCAUGUUAAAGAUAUCAUUCUACAGUCCAACCCUUUACUGGAGGCCUUUGGGAAUGCAAAAACUGUACGGAACAACAACUCCAGCAGAUUUGGGAAAUACUUUGAAAUCCAGUUUAGCCCAGGUGGAGAACCAGAUGGAGGGAAAAUCUCUAACUUCUUACUGGAAAAAUCUCGAGUUGUAAUGAGGAAUCCUGGAGAGAGGAGUUUUCACAUUUUUUACCAGCUAAUUGAAGGGGCCUCCUCAGAACAAAAAAGCGGUCUUGGCAUUACCAGUAUGGACUAUUAUUACUAUCUGAGUCUCUCUGGGUCCUACAGAGUUGACGACAUCAAUGACAAAUCAGAUUUCCAAGAAACACUGCAUGCAAUGAAUGUGAUUGGGAUCUUUGCAGAGGAACAGGCAUUGGUGCUGCAGAUAGUGGCAGGAAUACUGCAUUUGGGAAACAUCAGCUUCAAAGAAGUUGGCAACUAUGCAGGAGUGGAGAGUGAGGAGUUUUUGGCUUUCCCUGCUUUUCUCCUGGGAAUUAACCAGGACCGCCUAAAGGAAAAACUGACCAGCAGACAGAUGGACAGCAAGUGGGGAGGCAAAUCCGAGUCCAUUAAUGUAACACUAAAUGUGGAACAAGCCUGCUACACCAGGGAUGCACUGGCCAAGGCCCUUCAUUCCCGUGUUUUUGAUUACUUGGUGGAUUCUAUUAAUAAGGCUAUGGAGAAGGACCAUGAAGAAUAUAACAUUGGUGUCCUUGAUAUUUAUGGCUUUGAAAUAUUCCAGAAAAAUGGUUUUGAACAGUUCUGUAUCAACUUUGUUAAUGAAAAACUACAGCAGAUUUUUAUUGAACUGACACUGAAGGCAGAACAGGAAGAAUACGUGCAAGAAGGAAUUAGAUGGACACCAAUAGAUUACUUUAACAACAAAAUAGUGUGUGACCUUAUAGAGAACAAAGUGAAUCCCCCAGGAAUUAUGAGUAUUUUAGAUGAUGUGUGUGCCACAAUGCAUGCAGUGGGAGAAGGAGCUGACCAAACCCUGCUUCAAAAACUCCAGAUGCAAAUUGGGACUCAUGAACAUUUCAAUAGCUGGAACCAGGGAUUUAUCAUUCAUCAUUAUGCUGGAAAGGUAUCUUAUGAUAUGGAUGGAUUCUGCGAGAGAAAUCGGGAUGUUCUUUUCAUGGACUUGAUUGAACUCAUGCAGAGCAGUGAUUUGCCUUUUAUAAAGGCUCUGUUUCCUGAAAAUCUUCAAGUGGACAAGAAGGGCCGUCCUACCACUGCAGGCAGUAAAAUCAAAAAACAAGCAAAUGACCUAGUUGGCACCCUGAUGAAGUGUACACCCCAUUACAUCCGCUGCAUCAAACCAAAUGAAACAAAGAAGUCUCGAGACUGGGAGGAGAGCAGGGUAAAACAUCAAGUGGAAUACUUGGGUCUGAAAGAAAAUAUUCGAGUAAGAAGAGCUGGCUAUGCCUACAGGCGGGUUUUCAAGAAGUUUUUGCAGAGGUAUGCCAUUCUGACAAAAGCAACCUGGCCUUCCUGGAAAGGAGAGGAGAAACAAGGAGUCCUCCACCUGCUUCAGUCAGUCAACAUGGAUCCUGACCAAUACCAGCUUGGGAAAUCCAAAGUCUUCAUCAAGGCUCCAGAGUCUCUAUUUUUGUUAGAAGAGAUGAGAGAGAGGAAGUAUGAUGGGUAUGCCAGGGCCAUCCAGAAGGCAUGGAGGAAGUACGUGGCCAGGAAGAAAUAUGUACAGAUGAGAGAAGAAGCAUCAGAUCUACUGCUGAAUAAGAAAGAGAGAAGACGGAACAGCAUUAACAGGAAUUUUGUGGGAGAUUAUAUAGGCAUGGAGGACCAUCCAGAGCUACGCCAGUUUGUGGGCAAACGGGAGAAGAUUGAUUUUGCAGACACCGUAACUAAAUAUGAUAGACGGUUUAAGAGCGUGAAGCGAGAUCUUGUCCUCACUCCAAAGUGCAUAUACUUGAUUGGGCGUGAAAAGAUAAAGCAGGGUCCAGAGAAAGGCCAAGUGAAGGAAGUCUUAAAGCGAAGGAUGGAAGUGGAAAGAAUUCUUUCUGUUUCUCUGAGCCCCAUGCAGGAUGACAUUUUCAUUCUACAUGAACAGGAGUAUGAUAGUUUGCUUGAAUCGGUCUUCAAAACUGAGUUUUUAAGCCUCUUAUCAAAGCGAUACGAAGAGAAAACACAAAGAAAACUACCUCUGAAAUUUAGCAAUACACUUGAGGUGAAGCUGAAAAAGGAGAGUUGGGGGCCCUGGAGCAGCAGUGGUUCUCGACAAGUGCAUUUUGUGCAAGGUCAAGGAGAUAUAGCCAUUCUCAAGCCAAGUAAUAAAGUGCUGCAGAUCAGCAUUGGACCAGGGCUACCAAAGAAUUCACGUCCUACCAGACAGAACCUUACCCAAAGUAGAGGGUAUUCCAACAGGUCUCAAAGUCAGACUUAUCCUAUGAGAGCUGCACCACCACCUCCUGGUCAGCAGCAAAAUGGAGUAAUAAAUCCCCCACAGUUUGUACCACUUGCCCAUGCCCCAGGAAAUCAACGGGCCAAUCAGAAAAACCUGUAUACAAAUAUGACACGACCAACCUUACCACGGCAGCUGUCAGGAGGAUCAGGCAAGAUUUCACAGCAACCAGAAAGUUUAGAUUUCCUGAAAGUACCUGACCAAGGAGCAGCUGGUGUUCACAGGCAGACAACCAACCGCCCCCCCCCAGCUGGAGGAAGGCCUAAACCACAGCCAAAACCCAAGCCCCAGGUACCACAGUGCAGGGCACGGUACGCCUACGAUGCUCAGGACACGGACGAACUCAGCUUUAAUGCCAACGAUGUGAUCGAUAUAAUUAAAGAAGAUCCCUCUGGCUGGUGGACAGGAAGACUACGAGGGAAACAAGGUCUGUUUCCUAACAAUUAUGUCACCAAGAUAUAAAAGACUUCCGGACAAAAAUUGGCACAAAGGUCCCCAUGUUGAAGAUGAUCUCUCUUGCCUUCAGGACACUGUUCUUCGAGAUCUGCCAUUCUCAGCAGUAUUUUCACCAGUAAUGUUGUAUAUGAGCAGGAAGAAAAUUACCCACAGCACAGACUUUGAUCUUUUUGUGUCAGAAGCAUAAUAGAGCAAUGGUCACACCCACCUAUUAUUUAUUGUAUUUAAAACCUGGUUUUAACACCUAGUGAGGAAGAAUAACCUCCCAUCCUCAUGAAACAGCAAGGUGCCUGGCAGUCUGGGGCCAGGGACCCUCAAAGGGGUGUAUUUCAUAAGUGCCUUCAGCUGAGUGUCAGUAAUCUCUGUGAUUACCUACUGAAGAUAACGUUAAGUGCACAUUUCCUCUAAUGGAGAUCAUUCCGGGAACACGCUGAGUAUGCUGCUACCUGCCAGAAAGAUUCAGGCUCAUUUGGCACAUUUACCAUCGAAAAACCUACUGUGAUGGUGUAUUUAAGUAAUUCUGUACAGAGUUGUGAUGGAACUGGUUUGUGUUUAGGGGACUCCCAACAGGCAUUGCAAGACGUUAGAACAGCAAACACAUAGUACUGUAUGCUAAACAAUGUUGCCUUCAAGAUUUAUAUUAUAAUAUGGCUGGCCCAUGUUGGAUUUGUUUAAUGCUCUACCUGUUAUAGGAAGUGUCUUUAUGCAGAGCUGUACAUUUAUAGAAACAGAUCAUAGACUGUAUAUAAAACUGAGUAUGAUAGAAACACCUAUGAAUGUACAAUGUAGUAUUCCACUGUUCUUAUUCAUGAAGUAGUUCUACUAGAAUUUUUAUGCCAGGUACUUACAGAUAUGCACUACUCCUUCUAAGUGGCAGAAGCAUUACUGCUGAGUCUCAUUCCCUCCGCACCGGAGUGGCUCUUGCUUGCCAUCCAGUUAUCAGCAUUCAGGCUUUGCCUUCGGAACCUCCAUAAAAUAAAACUCCAGAAGCAGUUUGCUGAACAGGUCUGUGCAGUUUGUUUUCAGUUACACGUACAAACAAAUCCCUUCACAAAAGCAUCUGCUGGGUUUUACUACACCAAUUUAUAAAGAAAAAACUUUCCUUCCUCGGCUCCACACAAACCCUUUUCACUGUGCCCAGCUGAAGUGCACUGCAUUACAUUUUUUCUUAACAGCAGUUAAAAACCCUGCGUAUGGCAAUAUUAAGAAGUUGCAUAAGCUUUAAGACAGAGCUAAAAGUCUUGAAUCCCCUCCCCUCCUACACAACUGCCCAAGGCACAAACCAAGUGUAACUUGGGCACAGUUCAACGCCAUCACCUUUAAGAGCUGGCUGACUGCAGCAGCUCUGCUGGACACUGGGGCCUCAGUCCCAUAGGCAGUGCUGCCGCAGGCGGCGUCCUACAGGAGAGAAAAGCCUCCUGCUCAAGAUGAAGCCCUGUAGCUCCAAUAGCUCUCUGCCAGGGGAGCAGCGAGGUCCAGCCCAUUUCCGUGGUGGUGGGUUCUUGCCUCCUACCUGCCAGCCAGCGUGCUUGGGCGAGGAGACGCUGGCACAAGGGAGGCAGCGAGUUCAGUGUCACUUAAGAGAACACCUAAGGGUCUGCAACGGAACUUUAUGUACACAGGAAGAACCAAGUUAACAAACAGCCUUAAAGGAGGUCUUGGGGCAGACAAGUUGCAUUACUUACAUGCUUGUAUUCCUUGAGCACAUGUACAGGUACUGGUAUUACAAAGGAAAGCAAAACGUUGGUAGAGAGGUUACUGGGGGCAGGUGAGUGAGUGGACAGGCAAUGAAAAGGCAGGGUGGGGUUUUCUGCCCAAGAAGUGGAGGAGGUUUUAAGAGCUGGGCUGGUUUGGAAGGUCUCAUCCCACCUACAGUUCCACACCUGCAGCCCCUGCACACAGUGGCUGUCAGCAGCACAGGAGACUCUUCCCACCUUUGUGCCCUCCAUGUAGGUACACAGAGAGCACACUGUUCACCUGAACACCCCCAAUUACAAGGCUAACACCUGUUCCAGCCAGCCUACUUCCUUCCCCAAACCUGAAGGCAACAAACUAUGAAGAAAGAGAUUCCUAUAUACUCCUCUGGGACAAGGCACUGAAAUAAAGUACAUAUUUAGCAUCUUUUAAGGUACGCCAAGAAAAGAUGAACUUGUCUGCCUGCUCUUCAAGAAUGAAACCAACAAGAUACUAAAUAUAACCUGCUACAAAGCUUUGAAAGUCUCACUGGAAACAACCACUUAGAAUAAUCAUCCCCAUCAAACAGAAAGCUGUAUCCAUCACCUGUUUAGCCAACUGUCCUGCUCCAACAUUAGACUGUAGACAUGGCUACAUAGUGCCAUAAAGAUUCACAGUCACAAUACUACCUUUUUUUUUUAAAUUUUUUUUUUUUAAAGAGAU